AUGGAUGAAAAUAAUUCUGAUGACAACCAAGAAACAAAAAUGUGGACGGCCAGAAGUGAAACAAAAUUAAAAAAUAUGUUGAGAGAUGAGGUUAGAAAAAAUCAAACAACUGGCCGUACUACUUCGUGGACAAUUAGGCAUUGGAAUCAUUAUGCAAAUCAGUUGCACAAUCUGUAUGGAUUUCGGUAUACAGCAACACAGGUGCGCCAAAAAUAUCAGCGAUUGAAAGCUGAUUAUCAGACAUUUAAGCGACUCCAGGCCAACAUAAAUAUGAAGAAGUUUAGGACAAAAGGAUUUGAAUAUUUUCAAGAAAUGGCAGAAAUUGUUGAAAAUUGUUGUGCCACAGGGGCCUUAUCUCGUGCAUCCACACAAGGAGCCCUUGACUCAGAAGAAGAAGAUGACAUGUUAAAUAAAUUUUGGAACCCUGAUGUUGGUGGGAGUAAUGCUGGUGGGAGCAACGCUGCUGAGGCAAUUUCUGUUGACUUAUUUGGGGAUGAGUACAUGGAUCCAGCAAAGGGCAAAAGUCACAAGAGGGGCCCUACAACCAACCAAACUGACAGUGGUCGUUCUAAAAAGUCACGGUCAAGUGGGUUUGAUGAUGUGUGCGCAGCUUUCACAUCCUAUGUACAAGCAAAAACAGGACAUUCACGUGCACGAGAAAAUGAGGCAGAGGCUGUAAGGGCAGGUGGUGAUGAUUACUCUCUUGAUGCAUGUCAAGAUGCAUUACUAGAGCUUGGGGACAUACCACCAGUGCAGUACAUUAAGGCACUGACACUGUUCAAGGAUAAGGAAUGGCGAAGACAAAACCAUAUGUCAUCCGACAGAGAAAAUAAUUCAAUGGAGAUCUCAUCAGACGAGGAUGAGGAUUGUGUCGGUGCUAUUGAUGGCACGUUGGUCGAUGCAUGGGUCCCCGCUUCAAGACAAAAUACAUUCCGCGGUCGGAAAUCAACGAUAUCGCAAAACGUACUCGCAGCUUGCGACUUCGAUAUGUUGUUCACAUUUAUUAAUUCCGGAUGGGAAGGUAGCGCUCACGACAACGCUAUUUUGAUUGACUCUAUUACACGAGCUGAUCUACAGUUCCCACACCCACCCAAUGGUAAGUACUAUUUAGUUGAUGCUGGUUUCACAAACAUGCCUGGAUUUCUUGCCCCAUUUCGGUCUCAACGAUAUCACUUGCAAGAGUUUCGUGGCCGUCAUUAUUCAGGACCAAAGGAAUUGUUUAACCAUCGACAUUUGUCAUUACGCAAUGUCAUAGAAAGAACAUUUGGUGUUCUGAAGAAGCGCUUCCCAAUAUUGCGGUCCAUGCCAAAUUACAAGUCUACAAGACAAGGGCCUCUCGUGAUUGCAUGUUGUGUAGUGCACAAUUGGAUCCGUUUGCAUGCAGCUAUGGACCCAUUAUUUAUGGAAGCUGAUAAUGAAAUGGCCGCAGAAGCAGAAGCAGACGAGCUUGUUGAAAACCAAGCUGACUACGUUGACAUGUCACAACAUGGGUUAACGUAUCAAUCGAACAUUCGGGAUGCAAUUGCUACUGCUAUGUGGCAAAAUCAUGUUGGCCACGGAUAG